AUGCUACGCUCCUUCGUUGGCGCGGCGGCGGCUGUCCUGGUCGGGCUGGCCGCUCUUCCCCUCGCCAGCGCAGGCAACCUGACUUCGCUCGAGGGGACGUGGUCCAGCGGUUCAGGGAGCGUACAAACAGGACUGAACUUCUUUAACCCUGCAACGAACACAUUCACCACUCCCAAGGCGGGCGGUAUCAGCUAUAGCUUUACCGGAGACGGGCAUUGGGAGCAGGCCAAAUACAUGUUUAACACCAGCUCUGCUGUCAACCGCUGUGUAACUGCAUACAUGAUUUGGCAGCAUGGCACUUACACCAUCAACGCAAAUGGAUCCUUGUCGUUGUCGCCGUUUCCAGCCGACGGCUACAUGCAGAUGAUCGACAUAUGCGGUCGACAGACAAUUAAGAUGUUCUCGUACAAUCAAUUUGAACUCAUUCCGCAGUGGUACAUCUAUCUAGACUCGGCCCCUGGGUUCCUAUCGGCUGGGUCCACAGCGUACGCUCUGCAGAUGUUCCAAGACGGUGGCGAUGGGCAAGCGGGUAAAGCGAUGGCACCGCUCUUCUUGACAGCACGGCCAGCUAAUAUGCUUCCGACAACACAGCUGCACGAACAAGUCAUCAAUCAGGCUUUUCGCACCACCUGA